AUGGCCGAAGGCAACCGAUCCAGUUUCGAAAUCGUCCCUAGAAAAGACACUAGCCUCUUCCAUAUGCGAGUAUCGCUCUCGCCGCCUGAUGAUACCCGUUCUGCCGGUCGCGUGAUUAAAAAGACAAAGACCGUGGUUGCUGGAUGCGAAUGCGCUGCAUACUGCGCUGACAUGAUGUCGGGCAUAGACGUCAUGCUCGCUUUGAAAGCAUGGCCUGACCGUGUUUUGGGGGGCGCUCCAAAGGUGUCUCCACACAUGGUUUUACUCGACAAGACCGGCUCACCGGCGACUUCAUUGGGGACAAAUACGCAUCGGGAAGGCCUUCACAUUCUGCAUGCAUCAUGGGACGAUGUUAAGGCGAACUGCAUGGUGGACAACUACUUCAUGGUGUUGUGCUCUGUAGACAUCGACUGGACACCUCUGGCUUCAUCGGUAAAGGAGGAGCUUCCGGAUUUAGGUCAUUGUCUGGCCAUGAUGUCGGAUAAACAGGAACUCACAGAUGUAUCCUUUGAUGUUAGCGGGGAGAGCUUGAAUGCGCAUCGCCUGGUGCUCGCAGCCCGAUCGCCAGUCUUCAAAGCGGAGCUCUAUGGCCCAAUGGUUGAAAGUAAGAUGACCUCUAUCACUGUCCAAGACAUGGAGGCCUCGACCUUCAAAUCUAUGCUCCAUUACAUGUAUCAUGGUUCACUCCCUGAUGCUGGUGGAAAGGAUGUUUGUUCCACCAUGGCACAAUACCAGCACCUCCUUGUAGCCGCUGAUAGAUAUGGGGUAGAGGAGCUAAAGAAGAUUUGUGAGGACAAGCUGUCUGGCAACGGUAUCACGGUAGACAAUGUGGUCUCGAUGUUGGAGCUGGCGGAGGACCACGUCUGCCCCAAACUCAAAGCUAGAUGCUUGGAUUUCCUCGCUGAUGGUGACAAUUUAAAGAUGGUUGCGAUAUCUGAUGCGUACAUCCAUCUGAUACAGAGCUUUCCGAAUCUCUUGGUUGAAGUGCGGAGUAGGAUCAAGAAAGCACUUGAAGAAUCUACUACCAUGAAUCCUGGUGCUCACAAGAAAACCCGAUUGUGUUAG